AUGGCGACCACAUACGUGGGCUUCGUCGGCCUCUCCAUCAUUGUGCUCAAAGAGUUCAAUUCAGUCGUUACAGAGCCCUACAUGGUGUGCUAUUCGCAACACUCAUCACUGCAUAAACAUGACCCGUUGGCAUCUAACCAGGACGAGCCAUUCCACAUACCCCAAGCACAGGCAUACUGUCGCGGCGAAUUUGACACAUGGGAUCCGAAACUAACAACUCCGCCAGGACUCUACAUUUUGACUCUGGUGCUGAAGAAGAUGUUCAUGCUCAAGUGCAACGUCGCACAACUCCGUCUGACAACGGCGCUAUCUCUUCUCUUCCUUCCCCUCGUUCUUGGACGUCUACUUGCUUUCCAUCAACGCGGACGACUGCCACGAUGGACUGAACCGCCGCUCGAUGCGUUGAUCCUCUCCUGCUUCCCGAUUGCAUGGUUUUUCGGUUUCCUGUACUACACCGAAGUACCCAGUCUUGUCUUUGUUGUUGGGACGAUAGCGGCUGCCUUCCAGGGCAAGCACUGGCUUGCGGCUUUGUUGGGUCUAGGCAGCUGCACCUUCCGCCAGACGAAUAUAAUAUGGGUGCUCUACGCGUAUGCUAUGAGCCAGCUCAUGUACCUCCGGUUCCGACGCUCCCCGCCAGGUGCAAAACCACUUGGUCAGCUUCACGACCCUUUAGCUUUUGAAGCGCGUCCCAACGAUAUUAUCAAGACUCUUUUGAGCUUGCCAAGCGUCAUUCGAGACAUACUACCAGCAUUUGUUCCAUACGCUUUGGUGUUGAUUGCUUUUGCUGCCUUUGUUGUCUGGAAUGGAGGGAUUGUUCUUGGCGACAAGUCAAACCACAUACCCACUUUGCAUGUCCCUCAAAUGUAUUACUUCAUCGCCUUCUCAACUGCAUUUGGGUGGCCAGUCCUGAUCAGUGGUAAACACGGUGUUAUUGGACUCGUGAGGCAGGUCUACUUGCGGAUGUUUGGGAGCAAACUACGAAUACUGUGCACCAUUCUUUCUUCGCUGGCUAUGGCUUUCACAGUCAAUCUCUUCACGAUUCACCACCCCUUCCUACUCUCUGACAAUCGACAUUAUACUUUCUAUGUGUGGCAUAGGAUCUACAUGCGCUUUCCUGCUCCAUACCUGCUGAUUCCAUUCUAUAUUGCUUGUGCGUGGGCCUGGUUCUUGCGUGUUGGCGAGCAACAAACCAUGCUUCAAACAUUUCUCCUUCCCAUAUUUGUUCUGCCUACGCUGCUACCUACGCCGCUCCUGGAGCCUCGCUACUUUUUGAUACCCUACAUUCUUUUGAGAUCUCAGGUGGCAGAUAUUCCUAGUUGGUCGGUGGCCUUGGAAGGGGGAUGGUAUGUGGCUAUUAAUGCCGCGACGAUGUAUGUUUUUCUCUACAUGCCUCGGGAGGGCCCAACUUCUUCAACUUUGCACCCACCUCUUGAGGGUCGGGCCGCCUCUGCGCGCUUCUCUUCCCCUUCUCUUUUCUCUAUUACCAUGCCAUCCGACGGAGGGUCUAGCACUCCCCCAAAAGCUGCUACGAGGAGUUCGAUUCGUCAUUCUCUGGGACUAGCGUCGAAGGCGUUGGCCGCUAUCAGCAAAGACAAAGAAGGAACGAAGAAACUGAAGGACGCCAGUGGCCAUUCGCGUCGCCUUUCCGCUGUGGACGCGAAGCCCAGCAUCGCACUGGCGCCUCGCGCUUCGCUGGGAGAUGUCAACCGGCCUUCUACCAUUGCCCCAAAACGAACCAUGACCCCAGAGUCCAAAACGAUCACCCGCCGACGUGUGUCUGGCACAAUCAAAGAAGACCAGCAGCCUGAGCAAAAUACGAAUGGGAAUGGGACAAUAACACGGUCUGCGUCACUCAGACCCCGGCCUGGGGUGUCUGCUCUUCCAAAGUAUCGUCCGCGGUCGGUUGUAGGAGGCGAGAAGCCACCAUCUCCAGUGAGAGCGGGGACUAGACGGAGACUAGCCGGCUCAGAUGAAGACGAAGAUGACCAGGCCUCCAAAGUCGUUGAAACUGCUGUUGAGAAGAGUAUGCGACCGAUCAGCCCACUCCCGCAAAGGGCUGCCCUCAAGGCCAAUCUAAGCAGCGCUAUAAAUGCCCCAAGUCCACCCGUCAAACAGGUCAAAGCUGCUCCGAAAGCAAAGGACACUCCGCCGAGACCGACCAAGACGGUCAGAACGACCCCGUCUGCCAAUAAUAUCCACAACACCAUUAACAACAAUGCUAUCCCCCGACCUUCCUCGUCAACCUCGAGUUCGAGUUCGUUCACUCCGCGCACUCCGAAAUCGACAAAUCCCAAAGGUGGCGCUAGUAGCAAAAACGGCAGUCCUCUUCGAAGCCAGACCGAAUCGCCACUUGCCCGGCAUUCCAAAAAAGCGUCAUCAUCGCAGCUUGGAAUCCCUCUCGAAGCGGGGAACAUGUCCCAUAUCUCGGAAGAAGGAAACAGCGAAGACGAAGAAGUUGCUCUUCUACUAGCGCCAGUUGCCCCUCCUGGCGCGCCCACGCCAGCGAUGCCGCGCAAUGUAGUAACUUCCCGCAGAGUACGGAAGCCUCCCCAGACUCCUACCCGCUCGCAACUACCGUCUCGUGCAAACAUGUCCUAUCUGUCCCCUCUUCCCCCCACAAACGAAAAUAGCCCUUCUUCUUUACGCCCCAAGCCGGCUGGCAAUGUCCCUAUUGCAGGUCGAGGUUCAAUUUUGUCCUGGGAACAACUGGCUGAAGCAUCGCGGUCGCUCGACCAAGACGAGAUUGCCCAUAUGCUCUCCGAGAUGCCCGCUCCCUUCCGUUCUGGCGCAGUGUCGCCCGUCAGUCCGAUUGACGUACCAGAGAGCCCUUGCCUGAGCGCCAUGAACUCUCCAGGAGAGUUUGGCUCGAUUUCACAGGUGCUUUUACCAGAGGUCACACCCUCGCCCGCCCCACAUGCAAACCACUCGAGGCUGACGGAGAAAGACAUCCCCGCCGUCGACCCAGCCGUCGUCACCCUUUUGCGUCUCCAACUGGCUUCUGUUGAGAACACGGCCAAAGAGCGAUUGCAUCAGCUGAAUCUGAUGGAGGAGGAGAUCCACAACCUGAAGCAAGCGAGAAUGCGGGAUGCAGAGGAACUCAGGCAACAAGUUGGCGAUCUGGAACACGAACUUCGUGGGAGUCUUGAACUGCGGCAACGGACGGAUGAGGACCGCUCGGCGCAUAUUGCGUCGUUGGAAGACCAGUUGAGGGCCGCUGAUGAGUCACAUAUCCAACAGAUCGACGACAUUGUCGAGGAGACCAAGGCAAGCGUGCAGAGAGAGGCGGACGUGGAAAGGGCGAAGGUGUCUGCCGUGUGGUGUGCACGUGUUGCUGGCACCCAGUGGGCGUUCGUGAGAGACUUUGCGGAAAACGAGCUGGAUGCGAUCAAAGGCGACCGGGAAAUUCUGGCGGCGCUGUUGACUGACCUAGACGCCAUGCGCGAGAGGGCGUUGGCCGCGUGUUGA